AUGAGUGAGAAAAAAACUAAAAUCCAAGAGUACAUAAAAACAAAAGUGAAACCAGUUUUUGAUUAAUUAAUAGCUAAGAUAGUCAUUGAAAGACCAGAUGAUGUGUACGCUUGGUCUAUAAAUUGGUUACAAAAAUAAUGUAAAUAUAAAUCAUAAUGUUUAAGAAAGUGGAGUAUAAGUGUAAUAAUUGGUUCAUCAUGAUUUGAGUGAAGAAGAAGAAGAUGAGGAAGAAGUUAUUUUAGAGAUAAAACAAUAAUAAAAGUAAUAAACUAGAGUAGCAGUUUCUGCUGAAGUUUAUGGAGAUUACAAUAAGAAGGAAGACUUUAAGCCAAGAUUUAUAUAGAAAUCAGAAGCAUAAAUAGAAAGAAUAAAGAAAAGAAUACUAAACUCAUUUAUGUUUUAAGCCUUAGAUGAAAAGGAUUUGAAUAUAGUAUUAGGAGCCAUGGAAGAGAAAAAGUUUUAGUAAAAUUUAUGAUUAACUUAAUAAAGAGUAGGAGACGUAGUAAUAAAAUAAGGAGAUGAUGGAAAUGAAUUAUAUGUCAUUGAUGAAGGAAAAUUAGAAUGUUAUAAAAAAUUUACAGGAUUAGAAGAAGAGAAACUCUUAAAAACAUAUAUUCCAGGAGAGUCUUUUGGUGAAUUGGCUUUAUUAUACAAUGCUCCAAGAGCAGCUACAAUUAAAGCUAUAGAAGAAGUUACUACUUUUGCUUUAGAUAGAGAGACUUUUAAUAAUAUAGUCAAAUUUUCAGCUAUCAAGAAGAGGGAAUAGAUGGAAGAAAUACUCAAUAAAAUAGAAUUAUUAUAAUCAAUGGAUAAUUAUGAAAGAGUUUAAUUAUGUGAUGUUCUAAGAGAAGAAAAACAUAAGGCAGGAGAAACGAUUAUUAAUGAAGUAAAAAAAAUUAAAUUUAAUCAAGGGUGAAAUUGGAGAUAAAAUUUAUUUAAUUAUAGAUGGAUAAUUGGAAGCCUAUUGGAAAGGCUCAACUGAAAAAGUUUAUGAUUACAAACCUGGAGAUUACUUUGGAGAAUUAGCUUUAUUAAAUAAUGCACCAAGGUAAGCAACUGUUAUUGCUAAAGUAUUUUUUAAUAUAAUAUCUAGACUGAUGUUAUUUUGUUAUAUUGUGAUUUCAACUCAUUUAGAAGACUUAUGGGUCCAUUAGAAGAAGUUCUCAAAAGAAAUAUGGAGAGAUAUGAAAAAUAUUUACAAUAAUGA